UCUAAACAGUCUUUUAUAUUGGGAUUAAUGGUACAAAAUACAGUGGCUGCACCUGCAUAGUGGGCUCCGUGCGCCGAGCACGUGUGCUUUGUUUUGCAACGUGAUGACGCCACGCGUACACAAUAGGAAGUCAUUUGAAUUUACAGGAAGUAAACACAACUCGGAUACAAGCUGUUCAUGUACACCAAUAUUUUUAAACAUGGGUGUGAAAGGUCUUCAGGGCUUUCUGGAGCGCUGCUGUCCAGAAGCCUGUGUGCCUGUGAACCUGAGAGAAAUGGCCAAACAACAUGUUGCCAAAAGCCAGCAAGGCUGUACAACUACAGCUAACACCACCAACAGCCCCACACUCGUUGUGGAUGGUAUGGCGUGCCUCCGCCGCUGGUACUCAUGUCAGGACUGGGUGUGUGGGGGUCAGUGGAGGGAGUACAUGGAUGUGCUGAGGAGCUGGGUGGAGGCCUUCACCUCAGCAGGCAUCAGGUUGGUCUUCAUCUUUGACGGGGUGGUGGAAGAGAAGAAGAGACAGGCGUGGGUGAAGAGGAGACGCAGAGUGAAUGGGGAGAUUUCUAAAAUAUUUAACUACCUGAAGGCACACGGAGAACAUCCGGGUAGAGAGCUCUUCUCUCUGCCUUCUGGUCUGGCAGGUUUUACACCUUUUGCUCUCAGGUCUUUGGGUCAGGAAGUGUUUUGCUCAGUGCAGGAGGCCGACUAUGAGAUUGCCAGCUACGCUCGUCAGCAUGGCUGUAUGGGAAUCCUGGGACAGGACUCAGACUUCAUCAUAUAUGACAGUGCUCCUUACUUGUCUGUGGAAAAGCUGCGGAUAAAGAGCCUUACCACCAUCAUGUAUGACCGCCAGAGGCUCUGCCAAACCCUCGGACUGACUGUUGCCCAGCUCCCACUGCUGGCCUGUCUCCUCGGGAACGAUGUGGUGUCAGAGGAGAUGCAAAACAUCAGGAACAAUGCAAUGGCAACAUACAGGUCGAACUAUCCGACACCACACUCUGGUGCUGUUCAGGGUCAGAUGGUGCUCGCUGUAUCCCACCUUGUGAGCUCCUUGUGGGGCAUAGAGGAAACUGACCUCAUCCCUCAGUCUCUGAAUCUGUCAGCUCCUCACAGAGAGCUGCUGAAGAGAGGGGUGCGCUCUUACUUACUGCCUGGACAUGAAGCUCUUCAGCAAGGCGACAUCUCUGCACUUCCCUCUGCUUUUGAGAAACAUGUCAGCCCAGAAAUAUUAAAGGCAUGUAGAGAGAAGCAUGUUGCAGCAGAGGGUUUCACCGUUUACAGUGUUGUUUGUGAGGGAGUCGUUCAGUGCAGCAACACUCUGGAGGACGGAGAGAACGAUGAGUUACUGCCUCAGGCCCUCGUCUACAAGCUCUGCAGACAACGCACCUAUGGGCUGAUUCUGCUGCACGAGCGUGAUGGCAGUAGCAUCGACCUUCCAGCAGUCAAGGAAUGGUUCGUCUACCCAGGAAACCCUCUGAAGGAACCUGACAUGGUCCAUCCUAUCCCGGUCAGCCUCCCAUGUGAUCAGCCCAGUCUGGACUUGUUAUGGUUUGGCACUGGUCCUGAAGUUUCUGUUCUUCGCCUGACAUCCUUCCUGACGAUUUUUGACUGCCAGGAGCUCUCUGAGUUGUACAGAGCUGUUGAAGACUCUCUCCUGGCUGCUCUCUGCCUCGUCACUUAUAUCGCCCUCCAGGUACAAACUUUGUCUCAAGAGGACUUGGAUGCGUACCUGAGUCAGGCUGUAUGUCUGAGACUGAAAACCCCUGAGGAGCUUCAACAGAUCAAGCUGCCUUUCCUGUCCAGUCGUGCGGUGCAGCUGGGAUAUCUCUACGUCCGAGGACUGAGCCACAUGCUGGGUGCUAACUGUGCCAGCGGCUGCCCGCUGCCCAGCGCUGCCAUCAUGCCCUGGCACAGCUUCGAUGGACGGCUGUUCCACUCAAAGUACCUGCUGGCACAUAACGGCACAGAGGAGACUGAGCUGCUGGACAGAGAUCCGUCCUGCUUGUCUCUGUUUCUCCGCCUGAGAGAGAAACUGCAGGAAACCUGCAGGAGGCACGGCAGAGUCCUGCAGUCCAGACCCCGUGCACCAGAACACAGUCAUAAAGCCACACCAGGACCCAGAUACAGAGAAAGACACUCAGGUCGGCCUCCAGGAGGUGGUGAGAGCUGGAGGGAAAGAGGAGAGAUGACGGGAGGCCAAUAUCAACAUCAUGGAGGUGGAGGUGGAGGAGGAUGGAGGGAAAGAGCGGAGAGAGGGGGAGACCCUAGUGUGUAUGAAAACAGAGAGAGACUGUGGGAGAGAGGAGGAGGAGUGAGAGGAGGCCAUUUUCACCAUCACACUCAAUCUUACCCUGAGAGAGGUCGAUCGUACCGCAGCAGAGGGAGAUACCAGCUGGCUCCGAGAUGGUCGCAGCCUCCUGCACCAGGAACAUAACUUGACUCCGAUUAAGGAGGCAAGAAGAGGAGGAUUAGAGGGGAGGAUUUGAGGAGUUAAGAGGAUGGAAAAGACAUCAUGAAAGGAGCGGAGGAAUCAAAUUUCUCUGAACAAACUGAUUAGUGAAUUACCCGUCAGGAAUGUUUGUCUAAAGGAUGCAGUAGGUAGAGAAAUGGGGAUUAAGAGGAGGCGAAUGAAGAGAUUAGGACCACAUCAUUUAAUUUGGCAGCAUAACCUGAAUUUGUGUCUUUGUGCAUCUCAAAAUAAUCCUGUUUUUUUUGCUGUUUUUUCUUUAAAGUCAAUCAUUUUAAAGCCUCUCCUCUAUCCUCAGGGCCACUUACCUGUCUCACUGUGACAGAAAAUGAACAGUACGCAUGAGCACUCACCAAACAAACACAGAAAUGAGCCACUUCAAACAUGCACUGAGGAGUGGAUUAAUGGUUAAUCCUCAAGCCUGUUUUUACCUCUUAUCUUCACAAUAAAAGAGCAAAGAUCCUAAAAUCUGUGUGUCCAGUGGCAUAAUCCUUUUAAAGGACUGGUUUUAACUGGAGAAACAGUAAUGCCUGUAUCAAGUAUCGACUGAAAUAGAGCAUCAGCACAGCAGAUUUAUACACUCCUGUAAACUGAUACCAAGAGCCGUUUGUGACAUGUGAAAAACAAAGUGAGGCAUCUUCAGUUUCUGCUUUUUUUCAAAUGCGGAAGAAUUGAGUUGUCUGUAAUGGAUACUAAUAGAAAAAAGAGGUUUAAUGUGUUAAAAUGUUUUUUACUGCGUCUAGAAAACUGGAACAUUUUCUCUCAAUGCCGGCACAUCCCUUCUCCUCUUAUACUGACCCUAACCCCAAUAAUGAAACUCUGGUCUUUAAAUUGUUAUCGAAACCUGAGUCAAGUAAACAUGACCAAUAUUUGUUGUCCUAAAAGCCCAGAACCAGAUUCUAACAUUUGAAACAUCACUGUAUUGAGGUGGAGCUGACCUGAAAUAACUGCUAAUUUUCACGACUUGUGGUAACAGUUAAAAGGUAUAUAUAUAUAUUAUUGUAAAUAUAAAAAAAUGUAUUUCCAUGUUGUCUACGGACUAGGUCUAGGUGCUGUAUAAAUAUUGCGAAAGUAUGAAAACACUCAAUCCACAGAGAAAUGCACACAGACCAUAUUCAAAAACAGUGUUUUAGGAGGGAGUGCUUAAAGAGAUGCAUUAGCAUGAGAAAAUAAUGUGUUUUUUCAAAUCAAACUCAAAUCAAACUUUAUUUAUAUAGCGCU